AUGGCGCAGGUGGAAAACUUUAUCGAUGAACUGACGGUACUGAAACGAAACAGGGAUCGUCCGACUGAUCAGUGGAUAACCAUCGAAAGGUCUAGUCCGUUGUACAAACUGACUCCGUUGCUCGAUGAGAGUGGCUUGAUCCGCAUGGAGGGACGAGUUGAGCGAGUAGACUUUCUUCCGUUUGAUUUACGUUUUCCAGCGAUUCUGCCGAACAAUCAUAGAAUUACGUGGUUGAUUGUUCAACAUUAUCACGAGAGGAGUGGACAUGGAUACCGCCAGGCGGUGAAAAACGAGCUGAGGCAGUUGUAUUACAUUCCACACGUGGAUGCGGUGGUUCGAAAGGUAUCGUCUUCAUGCGUUUGGUGCAAGGUGCAUCGUAGUCGGCCUCAAGUUCCGCGUAUGGCUCCGCUGCCGGUACAGAGACUCACGCCAAACCUUCGUCCGUUCAGCUUCGUUGGAGUCGAUUAUUUGGAACCGUUUGAUGUUAUUGUUGGGCGCCGAACAGAGAAACGGUGGAUCGCGCUGUUUACCUGUCUGGUAACACGCGCGGUGCAUUUGGAAGUGGCACACGGGUUGAGUACUCAGUCGUGCCUAAUGGCAGUAUAUCGGUUCGUGGGUCGUCGUGGUUGGCCGUGCGAAUUCUUUUCCGAUAACGGAACCAAUCUGCGAGGAGCUAGCAAAGAAGUGCUAGAAGUUGUUCGGGGAAUAGGAGACGACUGCGCCGAUCAAAUUACAAACGCUCGGACAAAGUGGACGUUUAAUCCGCCAGCAACACCCCAUAUGGGAGGCGUAUGGGAGCGUCUUGUACGUUCAGUGAAGGAGAUGCUGACGGCUCUUGACGACGGUAGGCGUGUAACGGAUGAGAUUCUGCAAACAACUAUUGUCGAGGCGGAGGACAUAAUAAAUUCGCGUCCGCUCACCUACGUUUCACAGCAGACAGAGGAAGCUGAAGCACUCACCCCGAACCAUUUUUUGAGGGGUACCUCACCGAACCAGCCUUGCGCAGGUUCACCAGUUGUACACACAGCAAAAGCACUUCGGAACGCGUUUCAGCGUUCACAGCAGUUAGCCAACGUGAUGUGGGAGAGAUGGAUAAAGGAGUAUGUUCCCUCGCUAAAUCAGAGGACAAAAUGGUUCGGCGAGACUAGACCGUUGAAAUCUGGAGAUUUGGUGUACGUCGUGGACAACAACCGACGUGGGUAA